AUGAAAUAUUCACGUCGAGCCAUACCGAAUAGCUAACCAAACACUUUCGGACGGAGCAGCUAGUCAGCUAACUGUUCUCGAGCGACUCCGCGCCCUCGUUCUCGCGCUCUAUCGCGAGGUUCGGCGCCAGCUGAUCGUUCCCUCGUCCGCUCUGCUAGCCAGUCAAAUAAAGCAGGCCGGGCUAACCGCCAGCCGGGCGGACGGACGGACGGACGGACGGACGGGCCUCCAACUCUUCGUCCGGAAAACCCAAAGAAGAACGUGUCGACGGCUUGCACCGAGCUUCUCUCGCCAAUUUCAACAAUGAAAGCGAAAACUAGCGUCGCGGCUAGCUAACGUUAGCAUCAAGCGAUAAACCCAUGGCGCCGCUAGGCUUGAAUUUCAAUGUUGUUGUUUAUUAGACGCCGCGCUUCUCCGUCACCAUGUCUUUCUCCGGCAACCUGCUUUGGGAUGUCAAUAAACGUCUCAUUGGAUACAGCGAACCCAGCACCAUCAGGACCAACUACUUGGGUAGAAGAGAGUUUGUCCAGAGACUGAAACUGGAAGCGACGCUGAACAUCCACGACGGCUGCGUCAACACAAUCUCAUGGAACGAGACGGGAGAGUACAUCCUGUCGGGUUCGGACGAUACCUUCCUGGCCAUCACCAACCCGUACAACAAAAAGGUGAAAAAGUCAAUCCGCUCGGGCCACCGGGCCAACAUCUUCAGCGCCAAGUUCAUGCCCCACACCAACGACCAGGAGAUCAUCUCCUGCUCCGGCGACGGAAUCCUCUACUACACGCACACGGAAAAGAGUGCCGAUUUCAACAGGCAGUGUCAGUUCACCUGCCAUUACGGCACCGCCUACGAGAUUAUGACGGUACCCAACGACCCGUACACCUUUUUGUCGUGCGGCGAGGACGGCACCGUGCGAUGGUUCGACCUCCGCGUGAAAACCAGCUGCACCAAAGAGGACUGCAAAGACGACAUCCUGAUCAAUUGCCGGAGAGCGGCGACGUCCAUCUCCAUCUCGCCGCUGAUGCCCUACUACCUGGCGGUGGGCUGCUCCGACAGCUCCGUGCGCAUCUACGACAGACGCAUGCUCGGCACCAGGGCCACCGGUAACUACAUGGGUCGCGGGACGACGGGCAUGUGCGUCAGGUUUGUGCCCGCUCACCUGUCGGACAAGUCGUGCCGCGUGACGUCGCUGUGCUACAGCGCCGACGGGCGGGAGGUGCUGGUCAGCUACUCCUCCGACUACAUCUACCUCUUUGACCCCAAAGACGACCUGGCCCGGGAACUCAAAGGCCCUUCGGAGGAGAGGAGGGAAGAGCUGAGACAGCCGCCAGUCAAGCGCCUCCGCUUGCGAGGCGACUGGUCGGACACCGGGCCCCGAGCUCGUCCGGAGAGCGAGAGGGAGAGAGAUGGGGAGCAAAGUCCCAACGUGUCCCUGAUGCAGAGGAUGUCUGACAUGUUGUCACGCUGGUUCGAGGAAGCCAGUGAAGCUCAGAGCAGUCGAGGGACUCGUCCUCAGACCAGACCCAGAGGAACCGCCGUCCGACCCGAUCCUCCCUCCGGCGCCGCCCCGGAAGCGCCGAGCGCUACCGCGGCGACGCCCGACCCCUCGUCGGAGUCCUCGCCCGCCGCCGCUCCGUCCACGUCCGCGGAGAGCCCCGCUGCGGCGUCCUCCUCCGGUUCGCGAAGGCAGACCCCUGCGGCGGGGAGGGCCGGCACAGAAAGCGCGCUCUCGGAGUACGGCCCCCAUCGGCUGCCCAUAAGUUUAGUGUGUAGGCGUUUGCAGAGGUUACUCCGCCUGGCCGACCCUCCGGGACAGGGGCGUCGAGCGGCCCCGUCCUCCUCCGCCGUCGCCUCCGCGCCCCCGGACAGACGGGAGACGCCGGGCCACGCAGAUUCCCCUUCGUCGGUGGUCAACAAGCAGCUGGGAUCCAUGACGCUGGACGAGCAAAGCGGAGGCGCACGGGUUUCGCGGCCCGACGACGCUCCGCCGGCGGCCGGCCGCGGACCUCCCACCGCCUCGGCUUCCGGCGCCGGGCGAUCUGGCGCGGCCGAGCCGGUGCUCAGCCUGCACUACAGCUCGGAGGGAACCACCACCAGCACCAUCAAGUUGGACUUCACCGACGAGUGGAGCGGCGGCACAUCCGGCACCGGCGGCGAUCCCAAAGCGUCUGACGCGACGCACGGCCGACAAAGCGCUUCCGCCGAGAACUCUGCACCGGAACAAUCUGCGCGCGACUCCGGCGAGCCCUCGGACGGACCGGCGGAAGGCUCCGCGGAAAGGAACCUUCCGGAUGAAGCUCCGGGAGACUCUCGGAGACGGGAGCCCGCCGGCGAAGGGUCGUCGUCGUCGACGGCGGUCGCGGCGGGCCAGAGUCGUCCCGCCCGGGCGACCCGCGACUCGGACGACAGCGACGACGACCUCAUCCCGUCCGCCCGCUUCAGAGGGCAAGGCCAAAGACGCUCGGCGGCGGCUCGCAUCCAAGAGCUGUUUCGCAGGAGGAAAGAACGACGGGAGAUGGAGGAGAGCGAGACUCAGAACAUCCGCCGACCUGCCGUGAAAAUGGUCUACAAGGGACACCGCAACUCCCGCACCAUGAUCAAGGAGUCGUGCUUUUGGGGCGACCGAUUUGUCUUGAGCGGUUCGGACUGCGGCCACAUUUUCAUCUGGGACCGGCACACGGCCGAGCACCUCAUGCUGCUGGAGGCCGACAACCACGUGGUCAACUGCCUGCAGCCGCACCCCUACGACCCCAUUCUGGCCUCGUCCGGCAUCGAUUACGACAUCAAGAUCUGGUCGCCGCUGGAGACGUCGCCUUCUUUCAACAGGCUUCUCGCGGAUGAGGUGAUCACGCGCAACGAGUUGAUGCUGGAAGAGACGCGCAACACAAUCACGGUGCCCGCUUCCUUCAUGCUGCGAAUGCUGGCGUCCCUCAAUCACAUCCACUCAGGUCGCGCGGAAGGCGACCGCUCCGAAGGCUCGGGCCAAGAAAACGACGACGAGCAGUAGACGGGUGACUUUUUGUUUGUUUUUGCCAGAGAGCACUUCUUUGUACGAAGGAAGAAUACUACCUUCCGACUUCCCCGCCGGUUUUUACGGAAACUUUCUUACGGAUGUAUACGCGAAAAGGUCGGACGAACACGUGCGUGAAUGCGAGCGAUGAGUGCAGUGUAAGUUAUGUGCAAUAUUAGUAAGUUAGCGUCAUUGGUGUUUUGUUGAGGUUAUGUUGCAAAAAAAAAAAGAUCUUUUACAGCG